ACCUUGACUCUCCCCGUCUGUCUCUCCACCCUCCUCCCUUCCCCUUCAUCCCACAGGAACCCUGCUCUGCGCAGAUAAGGACGGCCUGCUGCUAAUUUUACGCAGGAAGGCAGGAAAUGUUAAGUGAAGACUUUGCUAUGCCACAAACAACAGAGCAACCCUGGCCCUGCAGAAGAUCCUGUGUGCCACAGAGUUGAGCCGUCCGGGGCUGAAAGACAGACACGGGGGCAGAGAGGAGGGUCUCGACAACUGAAAAGCUGAACACAUACAGAAUAAAACAGAGGAAUAAAUUAAAAGGAAGUGGACUAAAGGGUUGAGGGGAGACCGUGUCCUCUCUUGGACACCUCUCUUGGAGCUAUGGCAGAUAACAGCACUCAUCCUAUUGUGGAAAUACUGGUGUCUUUUGGAUUAAGGGAUGUGAUACUGGCUUUCUGUCUUUCUAUGGUUGUUGGUCUACUGCUGGGUGCUAUGGUCUACAUGUCUUUGACUUGGAUGUCCCGUCGUCGGGCCUCAGCAAAUAUCACACGCCUCCCCGUUCACCAUUCCCGUUCCACCACCCGCUCUUCCUCACCACGCUCUCGUCCUGGCUUCAGUCGACACAGCAGCAGCUACGACAGACGCAGCAAUAACAGUCUGGCUAACGCUGCCUUUUCUUUCCAUCGGCAGGCCUCUACCUCACCAACAGACUAUGGUGACUCGUCUGGCCGCAAAUCGAGUUUCAGGGCCUCUACCUUCCAUCCUCUUAUCCAGUGUAGUCAGAUUGCUCGUGAGGCAGAGGAGGCUACCCAGGGCAGCCUGCCGCGGACCCCAACACUAUCAACAAGCCCUGGUGCGGCUGGUUCAAACAACACAGUCAGUUCUAUGAUUACUCCACCCAGGGCCAGAGCCAGACCCGAUUCCUUCUGGGGCAACAGCGAUCUAAGAGGUUUUCAGGCUGGCCAGACUCCACCACCUGCCUAUGAUAGUAUCAUACGAGCCUAUCAGGAGACGACCACGUGAAGGAAGGAUAGAAAGGAUAGUUGGGAGAAGAUGAAUAAAUAGACUUGGACUAGAAAAUCGGACAUCAGACAUCUCAGUUCCAGGUUCCUUCUGGGGUCCCAAAACCCUAGCAGACACGGCCAGUUUUCUCUUAUGUAUUAUAUUUAUGUGUUAUUUUGUGUUUGUGAACACACGUGCAAAGUUGAUUUGAAAUGCAUAUAUAGAGAAAGUAAGAAAGAGAGAGAGAGAGGAAGAGAGAUGAGCUAAAUAGAGAAAAAACAGGAAAUAAUAAGGGUUCAAUUCAUGGUGUUGGACCUUAAAGGGAUACUCUGGAGAAAUAUGAAAAUUACUCCAUGAUUUACUCACCCUCAAGCCAUCCUCGAUGUACAUGAUUAUCUUUUUUCAGACAAACACAAUCAAAGUUAUAUUAGAAAAUGUCCUCGCUCACUCUUUAAUGGUCUUACAUUGUGGGACCAUUAUACUGAUGUCUAUUAAAGAGAAUUUUUACAAACUAUUUCUAUUACAAACUUCAAUUAGUAAAAUAAUUUUGCACCAUACUCAUUAGAUUGAGUGUUUAUUGCUUGGUGUUCCAGGGAUUCUGGUCUGUGUAUCAUUUUUCAGCAUAAUUGUACUCAUAGGAAUAAACUGACACAAAGAUUUUGCAAUAGCUUUUUUCUUUUUAUUGCUACAUCUGCAUGUUCUCACAGAAUAAAACUUAUUUUGCAUGUC